CUGGGGCCGCCUGCAGCAGGGAAUAAAAUCGGGGUGACCUGGCUGGCCGGCAUUCACCUGCCUCGGAGGGUCCCCUGGACUGGACGACUGACCAGCUCCGGUCUCCAGCAGAAUGCUGCCCUGGACGGCACUGGUGCUGCUCUUCCUACAGGCCAGUCUGGCCCUGGGGUACCCCCUGACCCCCGCUCUGCGCUUCCUGGCCGUGGGGGACUGGGGUGGGGUCCCCAACGCCCCCUACUACACCGCCCGGGAGACGGCCAACGCCAAGGAGAUGGCCAGAGCCGUCAAGAACUUGGGGGCUGACUUCAUCCUCUCCCUGGGCGACAACUUCUACUUCACGGGCGUGAGGGAUGCUGAGGACAAGAGGUUCCAGGAGACCUUUGAGGAUGUGUUCUCGGACCCUGCGCUUCGCAACGUGCCCUGGUACGUGCUGGCAGGGAACCACGACCACCUGGGUAAUGUCUCCGCCCAGAUGGCCUACUCCAAGGUGUCCAGGCGCUGGCACUUCCCCAGCCUGUACUACCGGCUGCGCGCCCGCGUCCCGAGCUCCAACGCGUCCGUGUCGCUGCUGCUGCUGGACACGGUGUCGCUGUGCGGGGUCUCCGACGACUUCGCCGACGGCCUCCCGCGCGGACCCCGCAGCCCCGAGGCGGCGCGCGCACAGUGGGCCUGGCUCCGGGCGCAGCUGGCGGCGGCCCGCGACGACUUCGUGCUGGUGGCCGGGCACUACCCGGUGUGGUCGGUGGCCGAGCACGGCCCCACCCACUGCCUGCAGCGUCGCCUGCUGCCCCUGCUCGCCCAGCACCGCGUCACGGCCUACCUGUGCGGACACGACCACAACCUGCAGUUCCUGCAGGACGAGCAGGGCCUGGGCUUCGUGCUGAGCGGGGCAGGCAACUUCAUGGACCCCUCCAAGAAGCAUGCCCGGAAGGUCCCCAAAGGCUACCUGCGUUUCCACUAUGGAGAGGAGACUUCUCUGGGCGGCUUCGUGCAUGUGGAGAUCACCCCCAAAGAGAUGGCCGUCACCUACCUGGAGGCCUCAGGCAAGUCCCUCUACAAGACCAAGCUGCCUCGACGCCCCAGGACCUGAGCGCAGCCCCCCCCCCCCCAGUCAGGAAGGGGAAUCACAUCUGCGGACAGAGCGCGGUGACCUGGGCGCCAAGAACAAAGUCAAGCAAAUAUGGGGGACCCGGCCAGAGGGCCUAUGGGGGGCCCCCAUCCUAGGGCCUGAGAUUGGGUGUGGGGCCCUCCCCCACACACCCACUUGGAGUCAAAAUCAAUAAAGGAACAGGUGCAGAACCUCUGAAA